AUGAGUGGACAUGUGCUCAUCAAAGGCUCCUCCAACAUGGAGAGCUUCGAUAACAUCUAUCUCGAUCUCUCGAAGCAGCACGGAAAGUGCAAGCUCGCAGAAUCUGGCUUGGGAUGGAAGCCGUCUGGAGGAGGCGACACAUUUACGCUCGACAGCAGCAACAUCGGCGCAGCCCAAUGGAGCCGAGCCGCGAAGGGACACGAGCUGAAAAUCCUGUCGCGCACCUCCGGUGUUAUCCAGUUGGAUGGUUUUGACCAAGAGGACUUCGAGCGGUUGAGCAAGGCUUUCAAGAUCUGGUACGGAAUCAACGUGGAGACUCGAGAACAUGCCCUCCGUGGGUGGAACUGGGGUAAGGCGGAGUUUGCGAAAGCCGAGCUCGCCUUCAACGUGCAAAAUCGACCUGCGUUCGAAAUUCCCUACAGCGAGAUCUCCAACACAAACUUGGCCGGAAAGAAUGAAGUCGCCGUCGAGUUCGCCCUCGGGGGAGAGGGUAGCGACCCUUCAAAACCAGCCGGUAGCACAAAGAAUCGUGGUCGGAAAGCCGCCUCUGGUCCGGACGAACUGGUCGAAAUGCGAUUCUAUAUUCCGGGAACUGCCGUGAAGGGAGACAAGGGCGUCAAGGAAGAGAACGAGAACGGGGACGAAGAAAAUGGCGAGGAAGAAGAGGUUGAAGAACAGAAUGCCGCGAACCUGUUCUAUGAUACGCUCAUGGACAAGGCGGAGAUUGGAGAUGUGGCCGGUGACACCUUCGCUACUUUCUUGGAUGUCCUGCAUCUUACUCCCAGAGGUCGGUUCGAUAUCGAUAUGUACGAAGCGUCCUUCCGGUUACGCGGUAAGACCUACGACUACAAGAUUCAAUAUGCGGCCAUCAAGAAAUUCUUCCUGCUUCCGAAGAACGACGACACACAUACCCUGGUUGUUCUGGGCCUUGACCCCCCUCUACGUCAAGGCCAGACCCGCUAUCCAUUCUUGGUUAUGCAGCUGAAUGAGCUCUUGGAAUCCCGCUACAAGGACAAGUUGGAGACCCGCUAUGAAGAACCCAUCCACCAGGUGGUCACGAAGGUCUUCCGUGGUCUGUCAGGAAAGAAGGUCAUCAUGCCGUCGAAGGACUUUGUGAGCCAUCACGGCCACAGCGGAGUCAAGUGCUCCAUCAAGGCCAACGAAGGCCUUUUGUACUUCUUGGACAAGAGUUUGAUCUUCGUUCCCAAGCCCGCCACCUACAUUCAGAUCGAGAACAUUGCUAUCAUCACCAUGUCUCGUGUGGGUGGUGCCAUCUCGGCUAGCAGAACGUUCGAUAUCACGGUCAGCCUGAAGGCUGGUCUGGGAGAACACCAGUUCAGCAACAUUAACCGUGAGGAACAACAACCGCUCGAGGAAUUCUUCAAGGCCAAGAACAUCAGAUUCAAGAAUGAAAUGUCCGACGAGGCUUCCGCGAUGAUCGCUGCUGCCCUGAACAACGAAGACAUGGGCUCCAGCGACGAUGACAACGUCCGGGCUGACCGCGGCUCGGCCGACGAAGACGAAGAAUCCAUUGAUGAGGACUUCCAGACCGAGUCUGACUCGGAUGUCGCAGAGGAGUUCGAUUCAGACCACGAGAGCAGUGGAAGCGGAAGUGACGCCGAGAUGGGAGAUGCUUCCGACGGCGGUGACGAUGACCAGGACCAGCCGAUGUCUGACGCGGACGAAAAGCGGCCGAAGAAGAAGACCAAGGUUGGAAAGUGA